GCGUUCGGUGUGUCUGCGUCAGGGGCGGAGCCUCUUGUCCCUCUGCGCGGCCCGUUCCGCCUCUCUUCUCCCACCGCCUGUCGGCUGACGUGUCUGCAGUUCCUCCGCGUCUACUGCGAGUCAGGCCGUGAUGGCGGACGCCUGGGAAGAGAUUAGGCGGUUGGCGGCCGACUUCCAGCGGGCGCAGUUCGCCGAGGCCACGCAGAGGUUGUCCGAGCGGAACUGCAUUGAGAUUGUUAAUAAAUUGAUUGCUCAGAAACAGCUAGAAGUAGUUCAUACACUCGAUGGAAGGGAAUAUAUUACUCCAGCCCAAAUUAGUAAAGAAAUGAGAGAUGAGCUACAUGUCCGAGGUGGUCGAGUAAACAUUGUUGAUCUACAACAGGUAAUUAAUGUGGACCUGAUUCAUAUUGAAAAUAGAAUUGGUGACAUUAUUAAAUCAGAAAAGCAUGUUCAGUUAGUGUUGGGACAACUGAUAGAUGAGAAUUAUUUGGAUCGGUUGGCAGAAGAGGUCAAUGAUAAAUUGCAAGAAAGUGGUCAGGUCACCAUAUCAGAACUGUGUAAAACUUAUGAUCUUCCUGGGAACUUUCUGACACAGGCACUAACUCAGCGACUUGGUAGAAUUAUCAGUGGACAUAUUGAUCUUGAUAAUAGAGGAGUAAUUUUUACGGAAGCUUUUGUAGCUCGACAUAAAGCACGUAUCCGUGGACUAUUCAGUGCUAUUACCCGGCCUACAGCUGUGAAUUCUCUGAUUUCAAAAUAUGGAUUUCAGGAGCAGCUUCUUUACUCUGUGCUUGAGGAACUUGUUAAUAGCGGACGCUUACGAGGCACUGUGGUUGGUGGGAGACAGGAUAAAGCUGUGUUUGUCCCUGACAUCUACUCCAGGACACAGAGUACUUGGGUGGAUUCCUUUUUCAGGCAGAAUGGCUAUCUAGAAUUUGAUGCUUUGUCCAGACUUGGAAUCCCAGAUGCUGUAAGCUACAUAAAGAAAAGAUAUAAGACUACACAACUCUUGUUUUUGAAAGCAGCUUGUGUUGGUCAAGGACUUGUGGAUCAAGUGGAAGCGUCAGUAGAAGAAGCCAUCAGCUCUGGAACAUGGGUUGAUAUUGCACCUCUGCUACCCACUUCUUUAUCAGUUGAAGAUGCUGCCAUAUUGCUUCAGCAGGUGAUGAGGGCAUUCAGCAAACAGGCCUCAACUGUAGUCUUUAGCGACACUGUUGUAGUCAGUGAAAAAUUUAUAAAUGACUGUACAGAACUGUUCCGUGAGCUGAUGCACCAGAAAGCUGAAAAGGAAAUGAAAAAUAAUCCUGUGCAUUUAAUCACCGAAGAAGAUCUGAAACAAAUCUCCACUUUAGAAAGCGUUAGUACAAGUAAAAAGGAUAAAAAAGAUGAGCGAAGAAGGAAAGCAACAGAGGGCAGUGGAAGCAUGAGAGGAGGAGGUGGGGGCAAUGCCAGAGAGUACAAAAUUAAAAAAAUCAAGAAGAAAGGAAGAAAAGAUGAUGAUAGUGAUGAUGAAUCUCAAUCAUCCCACACUGGAAAGAAGAAGCCAGAGAUCAGUUUUAUGUUCCAGGAUGAGAUUGAAGAUUUUUUAAGAAAACACAUACAAGAUGCCCCUGAGGAGUUUAUUUCGGAACUUGCUGAGUACUUAAUAAAACCUCUUAAUAAAACUUAUCUCGAGGUGGUACGUUCAGUAUUCAUGUCUUCAACAACUUCUGCUUCUGGGACGGGCAGAAAACGCACAAUCAAGGACUUGCAAGAAGAAGUUUCAAACCUGUACAAUAACAUUAGGUUAUUUGAAAAAGGGAUGAAGUUUUUUGCAGAUGACACACAGGCUGCUCUUACCAAACACUUGCUGAAGUCAGUGUGUACUGAUAUCACUAACCUCAUUUUCAACUUCUUAGCUUCGGAUUUAAUGAUGGCAGUAGAUGAUCCUGCAGCCAUUACAAGUGACAUAAGAAAAAAAAUUUUAAGUAAAUUAUCAGAAGAAACCAAAGUAGCUCUUACAAAACUCCAUAACUCUCUGAAUGAAAAGAGCAUAGAAGACUUUAUUUCUUGUCUGGAUUCUGCAGCAGAAGCCUGUGAUAUUAUGGUGAAAAGGGGAGACAAAAAAAGGGAAAGACAGAUACUGUUCCAACAUCGACAAGCACUGGCUGAACAGCUAAAGGUCACAGAAGACCCUGCUCUUAUUCUGCACCUCACAUCAGUCCUGUUGUUUCAGUUUUCAACCCACAGCAUGCUCCAUGCACCUGGAAGAUGUGUCCCACAGAUCAUUGCUUUUCUUAAUAGUAAAAUUCCAGAGGAUCAGCAUGCUCUUUUGGUAAAGUAUCAAGGUUUGGUUGUAAAGCAGCUAGUCAGUCAAAGUAAGAAGACUGGGCAGGGAGAUUAUCCCUUGAAUAAUGAAUUAGACAAAGAACAAGAAGAUGUUGCCAGUACUACUCGUAAAGAGCUUCAAGAACUUUCUUCAUCCAUUAAAGACCUUGUUCUCAAAUCUAGGAAAUCAUCUGUGACGGAAGAGUAAUGAUCUUAAUUUACAUUUGUUAUAUAGUAAGCAUUUUCCCCCAAGGUUGAAGGUGAGUGGUCACAAAAAAGUAGUCACUAUACAACUCCCCUCUCCCUGCAAAAACCACCUCAUACACACACAAUUCAGUUAAAACAGUAGUAUUGUAUUAAAUGUAAAUCUUAAAAAGAUGUGAAUUUUUGUAAAUUGGGUUCUUCAUGGAAGUUUUUUUCCACCUGAUUUUCACACAAAUACUAUAUGAAAUUUUUCACAUUAUUUUCACAUAAUUUUAAAAAUUACAUAUUUCAGGUUUGUUCUCUUUCCAAAUGUUGAAUGAAAAACAAAUUUUCCGAUCCAUUUAUCCCUGGGGAAGGAUUCAUUUGUUGCGAGUGCCAGUAUACUUAAAUGUAUACUUUAUAUACAUUUAAGCAGAAAUUUAAAAUGUGGUCUUUUUUUUUUAAAAGAAACACUUCUGUGUCAGAAAUGAAAAUAAAUCAUGUUUUUUAUUUUUAAAUAGAAAGCACUUCAAAACUAAAAUACAGAAAUUUACAAAAAAGAAAAAUUGUUACUAAGCCCUUGCUCUUAUUUUUGGCAGAAUAAACAUUGAUUUUGGUUGGGGCUGCAAGGAUGCCUUUACAGGUGCACAAGAACGCUAGAGUGGCCCAUGCAUUGCUGUGUUCUCUUCUAAAACAAGCUACUAACAAGAGAGAGAACACAUGCAAUUUAUUACCAGUAAGCAUAAGUCAUAUUUAACAUUGGAAUAACUAAGCAUUUUAUACAAAGAUUUUUCUUUGACCCAGUUUGCAUUUGUACAUUUUAUUUUUUUAGUUCAAUAGCUGCUCUGUCACAUAAUACUUUGUAAAUACUAGUGUGAAAAACAGAUAGGAUGCCUUUUCCAGUGGUAGGAGCAUCUGUAAGUGCAUUUAAAUCAUUAGAAGCUUUUUUCCAAAACUAGAAACCCUUAUUAAAAAAUAGAUAUUUUUGUUUUCUAAAGAUUAUUAGUUAAAAAUAACUAAAAGAGUUCCUUAAUCAUUUCAACCAAAUGAAUUUCAAGCAACAACUUACUAUUUAUCAAAAAGGGAUUUAAUUAUUUUGAAUAUAAUUAUAAAUUAAAUUUCAAAUAUUUAAAAAUACUAUUUUAUAUAAUUCCUUAUGACAUUUUAAACUUUAUAUUUUAAAAUAUUUGAAUACGAAAAGAUCAGUCUACCUCUACUCCAUUCUAGACAAAGUAUUAAUCCUUAGUGAAAGUAAUUAAUUAAAUUGCCAACUUGGCAUUAUUAUUAAACUUGAUAGGAACGCAACAUUAAAUUUAAAAAUGUUUUCCCAUGGGUAAUUUUCUAUUAUAUAUUUUCAUAUGGGCAAAGGGAAAAAAUGAUAAAUCCUCUGUAAUCACAAACCCCAAUUUCGUUUUGUUUAUUCAGCUUCUAAAAUAUUGAACACCCAGACUUUUAAUUCAACCUUUAAGAACCUUAUCAUUUAUGUUUCAGUAGAUAUCAAAGUAAUCCAUGUUUGUGUCAAAUGAUCAUAGAAAAUAAACAGAAGAGACAGUGAAGCAAGUAAAAAGAAAAGCAGUUUUAAUUUGUUUGCAUUAAUUUUUUUCAUUUGUCAAAAUGCUUCUUUUGUUGCCACAGUAAAGAACAGUUUUUAUUGUUUUGUAAGUAAAAUUACAUAGCUGAUUUUGUAUGUAAAGAUUAAUUUCCAUAAUAAAAAUUAUUAUAUGUUUACUGUGAUCUUAAUGGGCAGGGUUAAGAAAGUUAUUUAAAAUAAAGUUACCUAUUCUACUAAAUUUUAUAGUACUUUGAAGUUUCUAUUAAUUAACACAAAGAUUAAUUGGUGCAUAUAUUUUAUAUAUAUACAUUUUGAAUUCUCAUUUUGAACAUUAUUAAAGGAUUUUAUUUUUCUUACACAAAAAUA